CAACAGGUGGCGUUGAGACAGUUCUGGAGGGAAAUGAUGAUCGAGAUUCAACAGACGAACGAUUUUAAGAAUCAUUUGUUACCGCUGGCGAGGAUUAAAAAGAUUAUGAAGAGCGACGAGGACGUGCGGAUGAUUUCGAGCGAGGCGCCCGUGCUCUUCGCCAAGGCGUGCGAGAUGUUCGUUCUAGAGCUCACCACUCGCGCGUGGGCGCACGCGCAGGAGAAUAAGCGGCGGACUUUACAACGCAGCGACGUCGCGGCGGCGAUCACGAAGACAGAUAUUUUCGACUUUCUCGUCGACAUAGUCCCGCGAGAG